AUGGACGGCUUUCAGCAGAGACCACCGGCUCUUCGCAAAGCCAACCAGCGGCAUUUGCAUCGACAACGGCAGGAACAUGCGGAUCAACAGGCGUCCCUGCACUCUGUCACGAAAACCAAAUUGAUGCCCCGAUUCACGCGUAUUCAAGUGUUAAGCAUUAUCAAAUUAGCGACCAUGGACAAGCUGCGCGAAUCGUCGGCUGGUGAAGAUCCGAACACCCACCAACGGUUGACCAGCGAGGGUGGCAACAGCACCACCGGUGGUACCACCACUGGCGAAGGAACCUCGGACGAGUAUCACCAUCAGUUCUACAACACCGGGCGGAUAGGACGAAGGAACGCACUUCCCGACAUCCUUGGGACACACUGCACCACCACUACGGCCGACCUGUCAACGCAGCUGGGUGCCCUCUCUACCUCGGAAUGUACCGGCAAGGCAUCCGAUGGCAGUAGCAUACCACCGGGAAACAACGGCCAACCGCCACCGACGACGACCGCAACGUAA